AUGGAAGAGGCCCAGAAAGCAGGUAAUGCCCGGAGAUUAUUUCAGUUGAUCCGUGCGAUCGGUCCCCGAAAAACAACUUUUUCCAGUGCCUGCUCCGACGAGAAGCGGGUGGUCCUGGUAGAGAAAUCCGAAAAUCUCGGAUACCAGACGAGUUCCAGUGCCGCUCAUCCAGCAACCACAUUUUUGUUCGAAUUUGCUGACGGGUGA